CACAGAGGUGUUGUUCGCGUUCACUAAACGCACCCGACGAAUGCUGUACCUGUAGUGUAGUCUAGUUACAUUGAUCUUAGAACAAAGAAAAUUCGCCCCAACGGCAAUUAGAGUCAGUUAGAAAAACGCAUUGUUAGAAGACAGACGUAGAGAAAAUAAAAGUCGAAGUUUUGUAUUGUAAAAAAUCCGUUUGUACCGCGUUAUUUCUUUUCGUCCGAGUGUCUCCGUUUUCCAGUCCAAGUUACGCACAUUUUUUUGGUCCUUCAGCGUCGGAUAGAAGGAAUCGCGAUGGAAAAACUAAUUUCGCGUCGUAAUUCGGUUCUAGUGCAAUUAAAAGGAGAGCUCUCGGCAGCUGAAGCCAUUCACGAUCGGAUGGCAUCCCGUAGUGAAGCGUUGGACCGGCUCGAGCAGCUUAAGGAACUUGCUGGAAAGUUCCGGAACACGCAGUCGGAAAUCGAGGAGAACCAAACGGAUCCGGAAGUGUUAGCAUCUGUUCAUGAUGUCCGGAAAGAGUUUUCCGAUCUGUACUACCGUGCGAAAGACAAUCUGGAGUCUUACAUCGUAGACUGUGAAAUUCGAAACAGUGAGGUUAGGUCGACGACAAGCGAAAGAGGACUUUCCGAAACAUGCGGCGAUCUGAAGCAAGCCAUGCAGUUGCUCAUGGAAACGCAACGCCAGAUGAUGAUGCAGCAAAACGAACAAAGAGCCCAUUUGCAGCAAGCAACGAGUCAGGUAUCGAACACGGCACCCCUCAUCAAUGUAAAGCUUCCAUCUAUCAGUGUUCCCACUUUUUCUGGAGAGCGCAAACAUUGGCGGUCGUUCAAAGAUAUUUAUGAAACGACUAUCCAUUCUCGCAACGACCUAAGAGACUCGCUCAAGAUGCAGUAUCUGAUAUCCUACCUUGAAGGUGAUGCCAAGCGUAUGGUGAGUUCUUUUCCGAUAUCAGAUGCCAACUAUAUGGAAGCGUGGGAAGCACUCACAAGUUUCUACGACAAGAAAAAGUACACCGUUUUUGCUCUUGUCCGUGAGUUUGUCGAUCAGCCAGCAGUUUCUGCUACCACCCCGCAAAGCCUGAGAAAACUUGUUGCAACAUCCGAUGAUGUCGUCCGACAAUUAAAUGCAUUGGGAGCAGAAUACAACACUCGUGACCCGUGGCUGAUUCACCUGGUUUUGGAGAAACUUGACAAGGAAACUCGUUCGCUCUGGGCCCAACGGAUAACCGAAGUCGAGAACCCAUCCUUCGAGCAGUUCCUGGAAUUCCUCGACAACCGGUGCGAUGCAUUGGAAACAUGCACGGCUUUCUCGAGGAUGGAAGUGACAACGGGGAAGAAGGAGUUCGAGAAGAAGCAGUUUCAAGGCGGCAGAAAAGUGCAAACGUUGCAUACAACUGCAACUGAAAAUAAACAAAAGUGCGCGAAAUGCUCCAGUGAGCAUCCGAUUUACCAGUGUAGUGAUUUUAAGAACAUGAACUUGAAAAGUAAACGUGAAUUAGUGCAAAAAGAACGAUUGUGUUAUAAUUGCCUGCGAAAUUCGCAUACAGUGAAACAGUGCCAAUCAAAAUCAGUGUGUAGAACAGCAGAUUGCAAACAACGUCACCACACAUUAUUGUGCCCGUCGAACAGCGUUCCGGAUCAAGCACCGAGUGGUGAUAGUAAGCAACUGCUGAAGAAUCCCGAGGAGAACAACGUAGUCAACAUCAACGUCGCUCAAGUUCCAGUAUCGCCUCGUCGGAUAGUGGGAGUCCUGCCAACAGCAAUCGUCCGAGUACAAGGAUUCGACGGCAACUUCCAUCAAGCACGCGCACUGAUCGAUUCCGGAUCUCAAGCAUCGCUGAUCUCUGAAAUUUGCGUCAACAAGCUCCGACUGCCACGCACAAACGCCAAGGUAGUGGUUUCUGGAAUUGGCCAACAACCGGCGGGAACAUCCCGUGGUCUAGUGAAGCUGUCAGUAGCUAGUCGUUUCAACAAUACGAUUGUGCUGCGAACUUGUGCCGUCGUGCUGGGCAAACUUACGUCAACGUUGCCAGCACAGCAUCUGAAGGUUAAUCCGAGUCUACUCUGCGAGCAAAUCCAACAAAGCCUCGCCGAUCCGGGUUUCAACCAGCCAGGACCCAUCGACAUCAUUCUGGGUUCUGAUGUCUUUCUUGCUCUGCUGGAGGCAGGUCAAGUCAAGGACGAAUGUGGAGUUCCUGUCGCACAGAAUACGAUUUUCGGCUGGAUCGUGUCCGGCAAUCAAGGCAUCCAAGCAGAUCUCCAGGUCAACUUUUCGAUUGUCAAUCUGCAUACGGAUUUGGAUAUCAACCAAACUUUGCGACAGUUCUGGGAGCAGGAAGAAGUUCCGAAGGCGAAGCAACUUACUUCCUCCGAGCAAAAGGCAGUCGACUAUUUUCGUUCCACGCUCUCUCGUGACGAAUCAGGACGUUUCAUCGUGCGACUCCCGUUCGACGAUUCGAAACCAGCAUUGGGUGAAUCUCUUACCGCAGCUGUAAGGAGAUUGCGAUCCAUGGAAAAGCGAUUCCGACAAAAUCAAGAGUUCCACAAACAGUAUUCGGAAUUCCUUCGUGAAUACCUGGCCCUAAACCACAUGGAGGAAGUUCCAGCAGACGAAGUCAGCGUAGAAACUAGCAAGUGUUUCUACCUCCCACACCAUGCUGUUGUGAAAACCGAAAGCACCACUACCAAAUUGAGGGUGGUUUUCGACGCCUCUAGCGCGUCAUCCACUGGUGUAUCCCUCAAUGACAAACUUCUCGCUGGACCAAACGUGAAUCAAGAGCUUUUCGAUGUGUUUCUCCGAUUCCGCACAAAACAAGUGGCAUUUACGGCGGACGUCGAGAAAAUGUACCGUCAGGUGUUGGUACACGAGGCAGAUAGAGACUUCCAGCGAAUCGUAUGGCGUGAAUCCGAAGAAGAACCGAUUAAGCAUUAUCGAUUGCGAACUGUUACGUACGGGACGAAGAGUGCUCCGUUUUUGGCGAUCGAAUCGAUGAAGGAAGCAGCACGAAAAUACAAAGAAGUUUAUCCAGAAGCAGCAGAGCAAGUAGAACUGGGCACAUACGUUGACGACUUGUUGUCCGGGUCGCAAAGCGUCGAUGGAGCCAAGGGGCUUAAGGAGCAAUUGGUUGAAGUAUUUUCCUCAGCAGGUUUCCACCUGCGGAAAUGGUCGUCGAACUGUCCAGAAAUCCUCCAAGAGACCUCUGCAGAACAGCAAGCGCCAGUCGACGUCAAACUGGCCGAACACAUGGGGUGUACCAAGGCGCUCGGUAUCCAAUGGAGACCCGUGGAAGACAGUUUCUCGUUCAAGGUCAACCUCGGUGCCACCGAGGUGAGCAGCAAAAGGCAAUUCCUAUCUGAUUCUUCCAAACUGUUCGACCCGUUUGGAUGGCUAGCACCGGUGACUAUCAGCGUCAAGAUUCUUUUCCAACAACUUUGGCUGUAUAGUACUUCCUGGGACGAUCCACUACCACCAGUUAUUGAGUUGACGUGGAACGCUAUCAAAGACUAUCUCCACCAACUCGAAGAGAUCCGAAUACCCCGAUUCGCAGCGAAUUUCGAUGGAAGGGUAGAAUUGCACGGCUUCUCCGAUGCCUCCGAGGCCGCCUGCAGUGCUGUGGUAUACACAAGAGCAACCGACGAAAAAGGCAACAUUGUGGUCACCCUCCUGGCAGCGAAAACAAAAGUUGCUCCUCUCGAACAAGUGUCGCUUCCUCGCCUCGAGCUGAACGCGGCUGCGCUCCUUGCAGACCUGAUGGAACGAGUGGUGUCAGCUUUCGAGCACCUCAAGGUAGAGUGCUGGGCUUGGACAGAUAGUACCAUCGUUCUCCAAUGGCUCUCAGCUUUGCCCCGCAAGUGGAAAACAUAUGUCGGCAACCGAACAGCAGCAAUUUUGAAAGUUUUGCCUCGACAUUGUUGGAACCAUGUUAGUAGCACCGAAAAUCCUGCAGACUGUGCGUCCCGCGGUCUCUCUCUCAAGGAACUCGUGGAACACGAGUUGUGGCUUCAAGGUCCGAAGUGGUUACGCCAAGACAAAGAAACCUGGAAAUUAUUGCCCGCCGAAAUUAUUGAAGAUGCCGAACUUCUCGAAGAGCGUAAGGUGAAGACACUGCAUUCUACGACUAUUGCCUUGCGACAAAACUACGAAACCGAAUUGGAAUUGUUGGAGCGGCGCUCUGAUUAUGUGCUGAUCGUGCGCGCCCUGGCGUACGUGAACCGUUACUGUCUACGACUGAGAACCAAGACCACUUUCGAAUCAACGUUGACCCCAGAAGAACUCUAUCAAGCCGACAAUCAACUGGCCCGAGCAGCUCAACACGAAGCCUUCAAGAGUGAAAUCGAUCAGCUGUUCAAAGGCAACGAAUUAUCACCCAAAAGCAAGCUAUCGUCACUUCAUCCCUUCAUAGACGGUACCGGAACUCUGCGUGUAGGAGGUAGGUUGCAAAAUUCCUCUUACCCAUACGACCUGAAACACCCAAUUAUCUUACCCCGUGACCAUCGAUUCACUGAGCUUCUGCUACGAACAAUGCACCUUCGAAAUCUUCAUGCGGGAGCUAAGCUGCUCACAUCGACAGUCAACCAGCGCUAUUGGAUUGUCGGUCUCCAAAACGCAAUUCGUCGCACCGUGCAGAGCUGCACCCGGUGUGUCCGUUUAAAGGGACGAACAGCUGUGCAAUUGAUGGGGAGCUUGCCAUUGUCGCGGGUAAUGGCAACCAGAGCAUUCUCACACGUCGGCGUGGACUUCACCGGCCCACUUCUGCUGCGCGCUGCUUGCGUGCGUGGUGUCAAGACAACGAAGGGCUAUAUUGCAGUUUUUGUCUGCAUGUCAACAAAGGCGGUGCAUUUGGAGGCAGCAAGCGACUUAUCGACGAACACCUUCAUCAGUGCCCUCAAACGGUUCAUCAGCAGACGUGGAUACCCGAACGAAAUUUGGUCAGACAACGGCACCAACUUUCUUGGAACCGAUCGUUGGUUGAAGGAGCUACAAGCCGCACUCGAAACCCACAAUACUCAAGCAAAUCGUUUCUUGUCCAACCGCUGCAUCCGAUGGGUUUUCAAUCCGCCUUCCGCUCCCCAUCGUGGCGGAAUCUGGGAAGCUGCUGUCAAGAGCGUCAAGAAACAUAUUAUUGCCGUGGCCGGACCAGAAGCCAUGACAUUCGAAGAUUUGACAACCCUGCUAAGUCAAGUGGAGGCAUGCCUGAAUUCCCGCCCGCUUUGCCCACUUUCGACUGAUCCCGAAAACUGCGAUGCGCUGACCCCAGGCCACUUUCUGGUGGGUCAACCGUUGAAUCUUCUUCCUGAACCUGGACUGAAACAUGUGCCGGUCAACCGACUGGACAAGUGGCAGCUGCUGCACAAGAAGACAACCGAAAUUUGGAACAGGUGGCGUGACGAAUACUUGGCCAGUCUACAACUCCGUUCAAAGUGGCGCAUCACCGAAGCGAAUCUUCUGCGAAACCAGCUCGUUUUGGUGAAGAACGACAACACUCCUCCGGCGCAGUGGGAGUUGGCUCGAAUCAUGGAGGUGCACCCGGACUCGACAGGUGUCGUCCGGACCGUAACUUUGAGGCGUGGAAAUGCGGAAUACCAGCGUCCCAUCCAGAAGAUCUGUGUACUACCAACGGAUUGAGGCACAUGGCCUCAAGGCGGGGGAGGAUGUUCGCGUUCACUAAACGCACCCGACGAAUGCUGUACCUGUAGUGUAGUCUAGUUACAUUGAUCUUAGAACAAAGAAAAUUCGCCCCAACGGCAAUUAGAGUCAGUUAGAAAAACGCAUUGUUAGAAGACAGACGUAGAGAAAAUAAAAGUCGAAGUUUUGUAUUGUAAAAAAUCCGUUUGUACCGCGUUAUUUCUUUUCGUCCGAGUGUCUCCGUUUUCCAGUCCAAGUUACGCACAGGUGUUUUAAGGAAAAAUUCAUACUUGCCAUGGCCUAUCACAGCAUUUAAAACAAAUUGGUAAAAUUUUGCAGGCUUAAAAUAUUA